GCUUUGUGACGUUAACACCGCUAAAAGCUGAUAUAUAUUAGCCUUCCACUAGAUUUCAAUCCAUUUGCUCGUUACGUAACGAGAAGGUUGAAGUCUAGUGCUAGUGCGAAAUGAUGUUUUUGACUGUAAACAUUUUUUUUGCUUUUGUACUUUUCUUUUUGACAUAUGUGGUUAACGUAAAAUUUGAGUUUAAGACUGGGCAUUUCCAUCCUCCGUUCAUAACAUCAGAAGAGACACUAUUUGGCAACGCUGACAAAAUUUGACACAGAGUACUAGUACUAAUCUUGUGGCCAUGAUGCCUUCCGUCAUCAGCUGUCAAAAUAGUAGAUUUAGGUUAGCUGUUAAAGUUCAAAUUCCAGUUUUUAUGGUUUAUCUGUAUGGUUUCAAGAUUAUUUAACAAUAAUAAUAUGAAUAACUGUGCCGCAGGACAAGCCAUAAAAUGCAGAAUAGGCCCCUCUAUAUUAAACGCGGAUUUAUCCCAACUUUAUCAGGAAUCCCAAAGACUCCUUGAUAAUGGUGCUGAUUACUUACAUUUAGAUGUUAUGGAUGGUCACUUUGUUCCUAAUCUCACAUUCGGUCAUCCAAUAGUGAAAUGCCUAAGGACUAAACUACCAAAUGCUUUCUUUGAAACACAUAUGAUGGUUUCUAAUCCAGAACAGUGGAUUGAGCCUAUGGGAGAAGCCAAUGUGGACCUGUACACAUUUCAUAUAGAACCAGUUUUAUCUGAUGUUCUAAAAGUAUGCAGAAAAGUGAAAGAGGCAGGUAUGAAGGUAGGGCUUGCUCUGAAGCCUGGGACGGGCAUUGAAGCUGUCCGUCAGUACAUUGAUCAUGCUGACAUGAUUCUCAUCAUGACAGUUGAGCCUGGCUUUGGAGGACAGAAAUUCAUGCAAGAUAUGAUGCCCAAAGUCCAGUGGCUGAGGCAGAAUUAUCCAUUUUUAGAUAUAGAGGUAGAUGGAGGUGUAGGACUUAAUACAAUCAACGCCUGUGCAGAGGCGGGUGCUAAUAUGAUAGUAUCAGGAACAGCAAUAAUAAAUUCAAAAGACCAAAGGUCUGUAAUAGCAAGUCUACGAGAAACAGUUGAGAGUUCAAUCCAUAAAUGCAAUGUUUGAUUCUGCUCUAACACACAAUGUGAUUCAUGUUAUUUUUUAUUGUAAUUUUAAUAAACAUUGUGACUGCUGGUAGCAUCUAGAAACCAUCGUAACAUAGGGUUUUAUCUAUCAAUUCAUCCUAGUUGAACAGUAGCAUAGACACUGGUUUUCCUAUCAAUAUGAUUAUUCAUUCAAAAAAUUAUUCCAAUAAAUAAAUUUGUAGUGUAGAGGUAAAUUUUUUGGUUUUGCAGUUUAUUAAAUUGCUAUUCAUAUCAAAAAUGAAAAUUAUGUUAUGCUGGUUUCUAGUGUGACCAUCAGUAUACAGAAAUCAUUCCUGAAAGUUUGUUCAUAAGCAAAACGGUUGUUAAUGUUGAGCUUUAAUGUUCUGAGUUUUAAAGGAUUUUCCUUGAUAUAUCAUCCAUCGAGAUUUUUUGACUUUGGGAGUUUUAUGACGUAGAUUUUAUUGUUAUUGUUUGACGGGUGAAAUAUUUUUUUAAAUUAUUUACAAUAUACUCUUAAGAAGGAUACCAAUCUGCUAGCAUGUUAUAUUUGUCAAUUUAUAUUCUAUGAGGGUAUAGAGAAAUAAAGACUUACAUGUUUAAACAAA